CACGGGAACCGAAGGCCAUCGUGACCACAUCCUGGAGAAAGCUAAGUUUGCACCGCCUUCGGGGAGGCGCAGAAAAGCAGAAGGAAAACCCAAAAAGAACUUUCCCUGCCAAGAGUGUCAGAAAGCAUUCAACAGUCUGGAGAAGCUGAAGGUGCACUCGUACUCUCACACGGGGGAAAGACCGUACCGCUGCUCCCACCCUGACUGCACCAAGGCCUUCGUCUCCAAAUACAAGCUGCUACGGCAUAUGGCAACUCACUCACCAGAAAAAAACCACAAGUGUUCGUACUGUGAGAAGAUGUUUCACCGCAAGGAUCACCUGAAAAAUCACCUGCACACCCACGACCCCCACAAGGAGGCAUUCACCUGCCAAGAGUGUGGCAAAAGUUAUAACACCAAGCUUGGCUUCAAACGCCACCUGGCCCUCCACGCUGCCAACAGUGGAGACCUCACCUGCCAGGUGUGCCUGCAGCCGUUUCCCAGCACCGGCGUUCUCCUGGAACACCUCAAAACGCAUGCAGGCAAGUCAUCCGGUGGCACCAAAGAGAAAAAGCAUCGCUGUGAGCAUUGCGAGCGACGGUUUUACACCCGGAAAGAUGUGCGGCGCCACAUGGUGGUGCACACCGGACGCAAGGAUUUUCUCUGUCAGUACUGCGCUCAGCGCUUCGGCAGGAAGGACCACCUGACCCGCCACAUGAAGAAGAGCCACACCAGGGAGCUGCUGAAGGUCAAAACCGAGCCAGCUGAUUCACUGGAGCCUGUCGUUUAUGAUUUGACAUCUGGAAGCAUCAAGGGCGAGCUUCCAGGAACGCUGGCGCCGCGGUCACACCAGCUCAACAUGUAUACGGUCCCUGGUUUGGACACACAGCCCUUCUCUGCUCCCACCUACCCGUUUUCCUUAAAGUACCCACUGGGCUCCAACUUUACCUCAUACACCAUCCCCUCUUACGAGAGGGAACAAAACCUAAAGGGAGAACUGGAGACGUACCUGAUGGAGCUGCAGAGCAGCGUACCAUCCUCCUCGUCGGCUGCCCAAGAACCCCAGCUCUCCUCCAAGCUCGAGCUGGUGCCUCAAGGAGGGAUGCUGGAGGAAGCAGGCGAGGAGACGUCCCUCUCCAAAAUAUCUGACUCUGCGGCCUCAUCUUCCUCUCUGAUGGACUUCUCUCAGCUGUUCAACUACCUGCCACUCAAUGGACCUCCAUACAACCAGAUCGGAGGUAGCGAGGGGCAGGGCGUGGCCUUUUCACCCCCCGAAGAGCCGGCUCCUCUAGUCCAGCUGCCCCCCCAGGCACCAGCAGGGCCGGAGGCUGAGGACAAUCUGCUUCAAGGACUUCCUUCGUCCUUCAUAUCCAACCUGAGCACACCCACCACACUGCCUCGCUUCCACCAAGCCUUUCAGUGAUCCAGU